AUGGAGACAGCACCACUGACUCUCGCUCAUACCCAUGCCCGAAAUGCUGCUCUCGAGGCGCGUCGUCACAAUCCCGUUGCCGCCAGCGAGGAGCAUGAUCUGGCCGCAGCAGAGUUCGCCGCUGCGGCCCAAGAGACUUCAGAUUCUGAGGCACUCCGCGUGUUGAAUUUAUUAGAACAACAUCACAAGAAGCUGGGUCAACUGCUGAGGGCAGCUCAUGAGAACCCACCAGCGAAGGAGGCUGCCAACCAUGCAUCAACUGGCGAGGGCGAAAAUGCGCUGCCCAUGCCAGUGCCAGUGCAGCAGAAGCAGGAACCAAACAGAUCGCCUUCGCCGGAGGCCACCAUCCACCCUCCGAGACUUCCCAGAGGCUUGAGGUCGAGUUCUCGCGAAUUGUCCUCUUCCAUUGCAAGCAAUCUCGCCUCCGCGAGAGGCAUACCUAACAACCGACAGAAACGACCUACCCCGAUUUCUCCCUUGGUCUCGAAUCAACAUGCCGACGGACACAACGCUCAAGAUGAUACAAGGGGCAAAUCUGCCCUCCGAACGAAUGCAGAUCCCAGUGAUGCUCUUUUGUCCAUGUCCCGUCAGUCGAAUUCACGUCCAUCAUGGGCACCGCCGAUUUCUCCACCUCCAGCAAAAUCAAAUACGAUGGAACAGCUAGAGGCCCAAAGCUCGGAUGCUCCAUUCCAGCAGUUCUAUACAACUUUCGAGAGCCUUGUUUCGAAACUCAGUGCACCUUUGGCAUUUGCCGGUUUGCCACUAACGAGUGCUGCACCGUCUAAGCCACCAUCUACUCCCGCUCAACUCCCUUCUAAAGCCCCGAAAGCGGUGUCCCGUCCAGCACCAGCAGCGCCGUCGGUCGAUUAUUCCCAGCUCAUCUCGCGUGCAGCCUUGCGUGCGGUUUCCGGCACCGGCCACAGCACGUCCAACCCAUCGGAGUCCUUCUACGUUGUUCCCACCACCGGCGGCACAAUUUCCUAUGCCGAAAUCAUGUCCCGGGCCGAACGCGAAGAGGCCCGUGCUGGCCUUCGUGGGCCUGGUCAUCGCCGCCAAACUUCGAAUCUCUCAAAUAUCUCCGAGGACAAUUUCGUCGACGCCCAAAGUACGAUACUUCCGGCUCCAGCCAACGGACCGCCAGGCCGCUUUGCCAGGGCCCGUGGGGGGGCCGACGAGAUUAAAGUCAACGGCAAGACGAUGGAAGAGCUCGCACUAGAGAAUCAAGCGCUCAAGCACCUCUCUGACACACUUUCCAAGAGAUUACACGUCUUUGAGAUGUCCGCUCAAACUUCCUCCGCGGCACUAGCGCAGAGCAUACGCUCCCUACACAACCGCUCGCCAAUGCUCUCCCCAGAAAACUCACGUGGUAAGGGUAUCAGCGGAAAGAUGGGACUAGACAGCGGUGGAAUGGCUGGUAUCGGCAACAGCGGGGGAGGAGGAAAUCGUGACGCGACACAACGCAGAAUAGCAGAACUGGAAGAAAUCCUCCGCAAGAGCGAUGCGAGGGCGAGAAAGCGGGAAGAAGAAAACAUGAAGUUGAAAGAAACCAUCACCAAGUAUAGAGAGAAAUGGGAUAGUCUGAAGGCUGGAGCCAAGGCGAGAAGGGCACGUGAGAGGGCUGGCAGGCCAGGCAAUGGCGACAAGACCGGUCCUGGCGAGGAGACUACCACGGAGGGAGGCGAAGACGAGUCUGCUGCUGGAGGAUGA